AUGGUAAAUCGGAGACUGAUUCAAUUCUUGGAGGACCACGGCCACCUUGACCAUCGGCAGCACGCCUUCCGUCCCGGUCAUGGAACAGGAACGUACUUCGCUACAUUGGGACAGCUACUAAAUGACGCCAAAGAGCGAGGGGAACACACAGAAAUCGCAACACUCGACCUGUCGAAGGCCUACAAUCAUACCUGUACACCCAACAUCAUCAAACAGUUACAGGAUUGGGGUCUAUCGGGACAUAUAUUGGCAUUCGUCCGCAAGUUCCUCGACAACCGGACCUUCGAAGUAUGUAUUGGAGCUCACAAGUCAAAAAUUUGCCGAGAAGAAACGGGGGUUCCUCAAGGCUCAGUCAUCGCCGUCACUCUUUUUUUGGUAGUAAUGAACGGGGUUUUCCGUAACCUGCCGAAGGAUAUAUACACUUUCGUAUACGCCGACGAUAUUGUCCCCGUCACCGUGGGCAGAACACCGAAGGCCUUGAGACGGAAGCUUAAAGCGGCGGUCAAUGCUGUAGUAAGAGCUCAACCGGAUUUCAACUCUCCGCGGAAAAAAGCGCCGUAA